UUUCCCACUUUCCAACCCCAAGUUUCAACGCAUGAGAAAACAACCCGCGGCUCCAGGUUCAACCAUUUCCCAACAUCAACGGUUCUUCACCACUUAUUUUCCCGAUUUUCGAAGUCGGACACCGUCGAGAUGGAUGCCCUAGUUGACAUCAUUACGCUCGAAAACUUAGAGCAAAAGCUGCCGCGAUGGGACCCAUCGGGCUCCAAUCACCUUUAUGCUCUGGUCGACAUGGGAAGCAACGGCGUCCGCUUCUCCAUUUUGGACCUCUCCCCUCCGCGGACACGACUCCUCAAGUGCGUUUACAGAGAGCGGGCAGCCAUCUCGCUGUUUGAUGCGUUGAGUGGGCCAUCGUUAAUGUUCCCUGACGAGACGAUCAAGCUGGUAUCCCAGACUCUGGCACGGUUUAGAUCCAUCGCUAUCGACGACUACGGUGUCCCUCCAAGCCAAGUGAGGGUUUUCGCGACAGAGGCGAUGCGCCGGGCCCAAAACGCCACGACCAUGCUCGAGGCUAUACGGGAGGCGUCCCCGGACCUGUCUGUGUACAUUCUGGCGCCUCCAGUAGAGACCCUUUUCGGCUCAGUGGGCGCCCGCUCGGGCUUCGUCGAUGUGAAGGGGUUGUUCCUCGAUCUCGGCGGAGGAAGUGUCCAGAUGACGUACUUGGACUCCUACGCCGCAAAGUCCCGUGUUCGAGAGGAUAGCGUUGGCCCUGAGGUGGCCGCAGCACUCGCUGGGCAAAGUCUCCCUUUUGGGGCUGCCCGCCUGAUCAAGGUGCUAGACAAUGGCGACGCUGUCACCCAAGCGUCCGAAAUCUCACGUCUUCGCGACGGCAUGAGCGAGGCGUUCCGGACAUUGUGCGCCAAGUUCCCAUCUCUUGCUGCCCACGCUACCGAAGCCCAGCAGAGCGAGGCCGGGAUGGAAAGCCCAGCCACGUCAGGGCUCAACGUCUAUCUCUGCGGAGGUGGAUUUCGGGGCUACGGCAGCAUGUUGAUGUAUAGACACCCCGUACAGCCGUAUCCGAUUCCCUCCAUCGGGUCGUUCACCGUGUCGGGGAGUGCAUUCGGGCAAACCAAGGACCUGCUCGAGUUCAACAAGUCUUUUGACGGCAAGAUUUUUGGCAUGUCGAAGCGCCGGCGUGCUCAGUUUCCCGCCAUUGUCGCUGUCGUCGACGCACUCAUUGCUGCCGUGCCCGCCAUUCGUUCCGUUACUUUUUGUUCCGGCGGGAACCGUGAAGGGGCUUUGAUGAUGAGCCUGCCGGCGGACAUUCGGGAAAGCAACCCCCUGACACAUUCCGGGUAUAUUAUGGGGAACCCCGAGCCUUCAGUCACGGGCCCAGGUUCGGCCGGUGUCCCAGAUGUUCUCGAUGCGCUACGGUCCGCAUUUCCACCGGGACUCGACUUGGCUACCACGACUACUGUUUUCGGUUUGCAGCUUGGCACGCUUUAUGCUCGCCAGAUAUGGACUCAGUUGGGAUGUGAUGCCGAGACGAAUGCAUCUGCGACCUUGCAUAACGCAGUCAGUUGCCCCGACCAACCCGGGCUGACGCACCUCGCCCGCGCCGUGUUGGGUGUCACAACCUGUGCACGGUGGGGAGCGAGCUUAGCACCGAUUGACAAGCAAUUAUACAAGAGCCUCCGGGCCCUGAUGGAUGCGGCAGAUCCGGAUGCGACAUUUUGGGCCGACUACAUUGGCGCCGUGACCGCAGCCAUGGCGGCACUGGUAAAAAGCUGGCCAAAGACGCAACAUGCCAUCCAGGAUAAAAUCAGGUUUCGGUCGACUGCAAAGCACGGCAAGACGUUCCAGAUCCAACUGGAAAUCUCCAUCGACGAGAAAGCAGCGAUGGGAGUGGAUUUCGACGAUAUCAUCGGUCUCUUCAAGAAUCUGAAGAAGCAUAAGCACGAGGGUAAAAAGGUUACCGUCACCAUCAAUCCACUCCCUUGAAUGCGGGGAACGCAUCAACGCUCAGCUCACCCUGCCCCAUGCCAUUCAUAUAAGGCUGGCUUACGGCCGAAGCUCCCCCCAGCCACAUUUUCCGACAA